CAAUAAUCGAUCUUGCUUGUUUAAAACAAGUUUAUAAAAUGGCUCGAAGUUUGUAUUUGAUCAUCACUACACUGCUGGUUUUAAGCUUGUCAAUUAUGGUGGCGGCCAGGACAGUAGCACUGGGUCGUAAGGAAGAAGCAGUAUACACUGUGACGAGUUACAAGGGAAAACAUAACAAGAGCGCCGGUGUGUCGGCGGCGGCCGGGGAAGACAGCCUCAAAAGUGCAUGGCGUAAGGCGUGUCAAUCGGGUGGUCCGGCAACCCUCGCCGUGACGGACGGACUCUUCAGUGAAGGUGCCGUCAUUAUCGACGGCAGUGGUUGCAAUAACAAAGGUGUCAUAACAUUCGAAAUGAAAGGGACAACACAUCUGGCUCCUGAAAAUGCAAAUUUCGGAGAAGCGUGGAUCAAGUUCUACAAGGUCAGCAACGUUCUCAUUGAUGGUGGGGUCCUAAACGCCCAAGGUGGCUCGGGCCGAGCUACGACAUUGGCUAUUCACAACUCUGCUGGAGUGACCAUUAGGGGAGUAACCUUACAAAAUAGUCAAAUGUUUCAUAUGGCGAUUGUCGACUGUAGCAACGUCGUGGUGACAAGCACAGAGAUUCAAGCCCCGGAGGACAGCCAGAACACAGACGGAAUACACGUUUCACGUUCCUCUCAGGUUAAGAUCACUGGUUCCAACGUUAUCGGAACCGGGGACGAUUGCAUCUCUAUUGGUCCAGGCUGCACCAACUUGUUGGUUGAUGGCUUGGAUUGUGGUCCCGGGCAUGGAGUAAGCAUAGGGAGUCUAGGGAAAGAGAGCGGCGAGGAACCAGUGAAAGACAUAACCGUACAAAAUGUUCAUUUUCACGGAACGACGAACGGAGUUCGGAUCAAGACGUUUGCGAACAACAACCGGGGUCUUGUGGAAGGCGUGCUCUUCCAGCAAUUAACGAUGGAGGACGUUGAGAACCCCGUGAUCAUUGACCAACAGUACGAAUCAUCAUCGUCGACCGAGGACUCCAACGUUCAGAUCCAAGACGUCAAGUAUGAAGACAUACGUGGGACGUCGGCUUCGCAGGAAGCCGUCGUUUUUAAAUGCAGCGCCACCCACAAGUGUACUGGCAUAACGGUGUCCGACGUUGCCCUCACUUACAACGGCAAUAAACCUGAUGCUAUCUGUAACAACGUCCGGCUCGUCAACAACGCCCCUUGUAAUAAUGUCUUACUGUGAGGCGCACCCUACCCAAGGGAAAGAAAGUUCUUGGAUUAAAUAGGAUUAAAAACGUUUUGAAAAUCGGAAUAUGACUGCCUUUAUUAUUCCUUAUUUAUCAAUAAUUACUAUCAAUUUUGAAAAACACUCUCAUUUUAAAGUCCGGUAAAGCCAAAAUAUGAUAGCACUUACUCUUGUAUAAGGAAUAAAAAUGUAACAGUCCUGUUUUGAAAUUCCUUUUUACUCCUAUUUAAGAUAAUCUCCUUAUAUUUUAUUAUAUUAUUAUAUUAUACUACUAAGCCCUACGUAUGUAUCAAGGCCGGGGGUUUGAUGGCAUACACUCCCAACAAGAAGGCUACAAAACUUAUCGAGAUGUUGCUCGUUUGAGUUCUAUAGUUAGCUACAAUUCUGUCCUACAAGCUUAGCUCGGUGGCACGCGGACCGACUGAACCCAGUUUUUUGGUACGAGUCCAGCUGAAGUAUGAGUAAAAUUAUGUAAUAUUGCUAGUAUCUUAUCUUAUAUAUACCUUAUAAAUGUAACAAUCUGGGUGGCAAUUAUUAUAGCUAUUGUUUC